UCAGACAUGGUAUUUGGCUCCACAUUUUCUUUUAAAAAACUCCUAACUCCAUAAACAAAAUGGUGUGACAGACUGUCCGAGCAACAGGUGAUCCUGAUUCCCGGGUAGACACGUGAGUAACAGCUGGAUUAGCCAAUCAAAUAACAGAGAUAGGAGCGUACGCACCAAUCAAAUCGGCCCGCAGUGUCUGUGUGGGCGUUGUUCCAGAAUGGUAAUACACAGCAGCGGCGUCAUCAGCGGUAGAGCCACACUGGGCUUGGAAGACAAACAGGAAAGGUUACUUUCUGGCGAGGGCUUUCUGUUAAGAGGGAGAGAAGUACACAUUGAGCUGGAUUUUUAGAUCGUGAAGAAGCUGUAGAGGAUCGCAGGUAAUUUCAGAAGGGCGUAGGUUUCAUCAUUUCUCCUCAGAAGGCUCAGACUGGUAGCUGCUGCAGUCAUUUUGGAGUAAAAACACAUCUGAGGGCCGUUCCUGGACACCUGCCUUAUUCCACCCUCGUAACCUGUUCUUUCCCCAUGUGGAAAGAUGGGGAAUGGAUUAUCUGAACAACCGAGCGUCUUCUCAAGCAUGUCGUUCUUCCAGUCUUUUCACAUUGCCAUUCUCGGUCUGGACUCUGCUGGAAAGACUACCGUCUUGUACAGACUGCAGUUCAACGAGUUUGUGAACACUGUGCCCACCAAAGGUUUCAAUGCAGAGAAGGUCAAAGUGUCUCUGGGUGGCAACAGGACUGUGACGUUCCACUUCUGGGACGUCGGCGGCCAGGAGAAGCUACGCCCCCUGUGGAAAUCGUACACGCGAUGCACAGACGGCAUCAUAUUUGUGGUGGACUCUGUGGAUGCAGAGCGCAUGGAGGAGGCCAAAACAGAGCUUCAUAAAAUCGCCAAGACCUCUGAGAACCAGGGAGUCCCCCUACUGGUGGUGGCCAACAAGCAGGACUUGAGACACUCUCUGGGACUAGUUGAAAUUGAGAAAUUACUGGCGCUAAAAGAACUGGGCCCUGCGACGCCCUGGCAUCUUCAGCCAUCCUGUGCCAUCAUAGGAGACGGACUCAGGGAUGGCCUGGACAAACUCCAUGAGAUGAUCCUGAAAAGAAGAAAGGUGCUACGACAACAAAGUAGAAAGAGAUAAACUCAUGAGAUCAGAUGAUAUGGUGUUAUAUGUGAAGGAAAAUAUUUCUCCUGAGUGGAUUUAAAGCUCCACAGCAGGUUUAGAUUCACUGUGCUGAGUUUUAUCAGUCCAGAAACUGAGCUUUAGUAUUCCCAGUCAUGAUGGUAUGUUCAUGCUGUUGAUCAGGAAGUGAAAAUAAAGGAAUAAGGUAUGAAGGUGAGAAAGUUUCAGAUAUGUGUGGGUAUGUAAUAAAGAGUCUAUAGGGGCUAAACAGCACUGAGGGUUUGGGGUGUGGAAGGGUGAUAAAAGUUGCGUAAAGGAUGCUCUAAGGUUUUGAACAGCUGUUCCAAACAAUUUUACCAAAAACAAUCUAAGAAAAGACUUUGACUAGUUGAAAGGUGAAAAAUUAAUGGAAAAUGAUUGAAUGAUGUACGUCAGAGGUAAUUAUACUUCACUGUUUCUUCUGUUCUAUAACUGUAACUUGUACAUUUUUCACACUGGACUUUUUUUGUGAAGGAAAAGUAUUAUAUCACAGUAUCAGUUUGCUUGCUGUCUUAUAUAUUGUUUUUUUUAAAAAAGCACUUUAGAUCAUCACUUUGUAUGGAGUUUACAGAUUUGAUCUCGAUCAUGUGUUUUGAUUUUUUUUUUUUUUUUUAUAGAAAUGUUUGGACAGAAUCCAGCUUAUGCUACUGUACAGUAGUUUGUCCACACUGGCCUCAUUGUCAUUAGGCAGGUUGUGCUUUAUGUUUUGCUAAAUAAAGAAUGUUAGAAGUA